GUUCUCAACGGUCAAAAGGGGCAAAUGAGAACACUUGAUAUGUAACCUCUAUACUAGAAGCAAAGUAUAAAAGGGCAAUACGUGCCAGAUGUGAAGGUGGAAAAUCACCUCUCCUUGGCGCACAGCGCUAUUGAUUACACAGCACAAUAGUUUCAGUUACUUUUUUCUAUCGGUCAUCCUGGUGGCAUUUUACAAUGUCGAUUCAGUAUCCAGCUCAAAGAUCGGGGUUCUGGACCCCUGCAACAUCAACAUUGAACUGGUGCGAGGAGGAUUACUAUGCAACUAUAUACGCGGCUGAAAUCGUUAACUCAAUGACAAAUCUUCUUUUCGUUUGGUUGGGAACCAAAGGCAUUAUUAACUGUCGGCGCAAUGGACACGAUCCGAUUUUUGUUGUCGCUUAUACUGGAUAUUUGCUCGUUGGAAUUGGCAGCUUUCUAUUUCAUGCGACUCUCAAAUAUCCUAUGCAACUUGUAGAUGAAUUAUCAAUGAUCUACACAGUCUGUGUGAUAUGUUAUUCCUCGUUCUCGCACCAACGGUCUGCUGUAUUCCGCCUCUUUCUAGCAAUACUUCUAUUUUGCAUUGCGGUGUCUGUCACUUUAUAUUACCAUUUCCUCGGGGAUCCCACGUUUCAUCAAAGGGUCUUUGCGAUCCUCUCUCUGGCUGCUAUAUUCCAUGGCAUAUAUAGUAUGCAUAUGGCUCUGCACCCCCUUUUCCGGUACCCAACUAAGGAGGGCCGCCCUGCCAGCGGAAAGCGAGACAUGCCCAUCUCUACAAAUGAAGGGUUAGACUAUCAGAGUGCCCGUGAUCUCGCCAUACUCAGAUCAAUGUGGCAUCUUGGCCUGUAUGGAUUAGGCCUUUUUUUUACGGGAUAUAUUAUCUGGAACCUUGAUAAUCAGAUGUGUAACGACCUACGUAAAUGGCGUCGGAUAAUUGGCCUUCCAUGGGGCAUUAUUCUCGAAGGUCACGGCUGGUGGCAUCUAAUGAGUGGGACAGGCGCAUACGUCUGCCUUGUUUGGGAAAUUUUACUACGGCAUUGUGCAAACGGACAACAAGAGAAUUACUCUCUUUGGUGGCCGUAUUUAUGGUCAGUUCCUGAAGUCCGUCGAGUGAAACAGAAGAAAUAA